AAAAUAACUCGCAUUCAUUUUUAAACUAUUUUAAAAACAUGUUUUUUUUUAUAUAUUAGAUUUAUGUGAUUGCAUGUGUGCAUCUCAGUAGAAGCGUGUGAAUUUCACUGCGCUCAGUUGUCGACAUCUGCUGUCAGGAGCUUCACGAGCACCACCACCACCAUCAUCAUCAUCAUCCUCCCCACCCCUCAACCUCUCCCUGCGGGAACGACAAUAUCCAGCUCUUAACAUUCCCAAUUUGGAAUUGCAAAUCAUCGCCAAAAGGAGCCAAUUUGAGCGGCAUAAACCACAUUCUUUCUUAAAUGGCGUCAGAAACGCGUCUCACACUCGCGUUAUCGUACAGGAGGUAUGGCGGCUAAUCAGACGCGCUGUGAAUCUGUAUCAGUCAGGUUUUCAAUGCAUGUGCUUAAUGUUAUUGUACUACGAUCAUUUAAGCAUAUCUAAUCAUACUGCUGAUCUUUAUUUGUCAUUUGAAAGAUGCACACGCGCGCAUAAAUUGCCUAAUCAAAUCGUUGUUGCAAACGGGAGUAAGCGAUGAAAUUCAAUUUCAAAAUGCAUGGCGGAUGGACAGGCUCAUUUGAAAGCGCUGGUUGCAUUGGUGUGCGUUUGUGAUUACUGGAUGCUGAACAGUCUGGGGAGAGAUUGAGGUGGUCCACACCCCGUCAUUGUUCCAGCCAUGUCCCCUCCAGCAUCCGCUGCGACAGCCAGUGAGAGCAGCACCACCACCACUGUGUUCGAGGAAGACACGGACGGAACUAGAGAGGAGCAGAGGCCCAUGAAACAGUCACUGAGCAAGUCUAUGUGCAGAGAGGUGUUCUGGAAAUGCUUGCUGCUGUCUAUGCUCAUGUACGGCUGCAUGGGAGCCAUGGUGUGGUGCCACGUCACCAAGGUCACUCGGUUGACCUUUGACAGUGCCUACAAAGGGAAGUCCAUGAUGUAUCAUGACAGUCCCUGCUCAGAUGGCUACAUCUACAUCCCACUGGCCUUCCUCAUCAUGCUUUAUGUCGUUUACCUGGUGGAGUGCUGGCACUGCCAUGCCAGAAAUGAGCUUCAGUACAAGGUGCACGUGGAGGGAAUUUACGAAAGGGUCCAGAGGAUGCAGCAGGCCAAGCCUUGCAUCUGGUGGAAGGCCAUCAGCUACCACUAUGUCCGGCGGACGCGACAAGUCACACGGUACCGCAACGGAGAUGCUUACACCACCACGCAGGUGUAUCACGAGAGGGUGAACACCCAUGUAGCCGAGGCAGAGUUCGACUACGGCCACUGUGGAGUCAAGGACGUCUCCAAGCAGCUAGUUGGUUUGGAAAAGUCAGCCAUCACCAAACUGAGGUUCACUAAGUGCUUUAGCUUCGCCAACGUGGAGUCUGAAAACUCCUAUUUGACCCAACGGGCAAGGUUCUUCACUGACAACGAAGGACUGGAUGAUUACAUGGAGGCCCGGGAGGGGAUGCACCUGAAAAACGUAGACUUCAAAGAGUACAUGAUUGCCUUCUCCAACCCAGACCACCAUCCCUGGUACGUUUCCAACUACGUCUUCUGGACUGCGGCCUUUCUUACCUUAUCCUGGCCGUUACGGGUGCUGACGGAGUACCGCACGGCUUACGUCCAUUACCGUGUGGAAAAGCUCUUUGGUGCAGACUACAUACCUGUGACACCCUGCGACGAGAGACCUUACUGUAGACGCAUCCCAAGAGUCAACACCAUCGACAGCACCGAACUGGAGUGGCACAUUCGCUCCAACCAGCAGCUGGUGCCCAGUUACUCCGAGGCGGGUCUGAUGGACCUUGCGCAACGCUCAGGAGGGGUCAGGCAGAACUGCGAACGCUGCCACCGUGCCAUAAGCAGUUCCUCCGUAUUUUCCCGCAGCGCCCUCAGCAUCUGCAACGGCAGUCCUCGCAUCCCCUUCAGCGGGAGUCGGUUCUCCUUGGGAAGACUGUACGGUUCUCGCCGAAGCUGCUUCUGGAGAAGUGGGAGCGGCAGUCUGGAUGAACCCGAGAGCCCCAGCGAGAACACGCGAUGCCUGUCCGGACGGAUCAACGCUGAUGAGGAAGACCCACCACCCUACCAAGAUGCGCUAUACUUCCCGGUGCUUAUCGUCCACUGUAGUGAGAGUUGCCCCAAUCACCGCUCCUUCCAUAGGAAUGGUUCAUGCGUUGAAACAUCAUUAUGAUGGACCGCUUUACCUACCUGACCACUGAAAGAAGUGGAAGAACAUCAAAACGUGAGACUUGAGAGCCUUUUGAACAAUCCUCAAUAUUCGACAUGUCCUGUUACUCAGGAAUCAUUUAUUGGAAUAUUUAUUGGCCUACAACACUGUACGCUUACAACAAUGGACAGAGCAAUUCCUAUACAACUCCAAUAAUACACAUUUAUAGCAAUAAGGAAAACAAAGCAUUGGAGUUCUUGGUACAAGUAAUAAUUUUAAUCAACUUGCUAUCUAGGAGAGGAAAAACGGGCUGUUUUUGUUUGUAUGUUCUUGACUGCUAUAAAGAACAAUUGCCACAUCUACAGAGCAAAAACCUGGUCCUUUUUCUACAAGUACGACCAACUUUUCACCUUUAUGGACCUUCUUAAAUGUUGCACUUGAAGUUACAUCUGUCAAAUCAUCUGUAAAAGAAUGUUACUUUGUUUCUCUCACAUAGUGGAUCCCAUUGGACCAUGAAAUGUAUGGUUUACAUUGGUAUAUGAACACUCCUUAUGUAUACAAGAAAAAGGUCAUGGGUUAUUUGUACUUUUAUUGUGAUUUAACUGCACCAGGCAGAACAAGUACGGUUAUGAACUUUUAUGGCGAUGUUCGCAACACUGCGUAUCACAAACCAUGAGACACAUUUCAGGCUAUGCAACUAUUAACCUCUGGUAUGUUAUGCCUUUAAAACGUAUAUACAAUUUACAAUGGAAUGUAUGACUGUUGAAGCUUUUCUUUACAUCGCUUGUAUGUAGUGUACAAACUAUCCAACAAAGACUGAAUUAUUUAGUGAAGGCAGACAUGAACAGGCUUGACUAUUAGUGAAUGUUUUAGGGGUUUUAAUAGCUGCCGACUGCUCUUUUACUUGGCCGGAAAUUGCAGUGGAUCAGAGCAAAUGCAACAGAUCAAGUAAACAUACAGUAUAAGAGAGAGGAAAUACAUUUCUUUAUGCAGCUCUGCAUUUAUUUAUUGGUUAACAGCCAUUUGAUAAUCAAUACUGUGUAUAAUAUUAAAAGGUGCAGCUUCAUGAAAGCUCCAUUCAUCAACAACAAAGUAUUGAUCCUCAAAAAUGGCCUAGAUCUUUCCAAAGACAUUUUUUUUUAUCUCUUUCAUGCAGUCGAUCCAUAUACAGCCUGUAUAUCUCUGAUCUGUUAUCUGUUGUCUAAAGGUUGCAAAAGCAUUUAUCAGUAUUGCAUCCUAUCACUUUUAUACUGCCUAUAGAUAAUGUAUUCCAUCAUAUCACGAAAAACUAAACUGCUGCCUUCAUGUAGCACUCAUUAAACAUGAACAUUGUUACAUUAAAUGGACAUAAACUCACUGAAUAAACUGCUUGUGGAUACACAUAAAUG